AUGAUUGGUACAUUUGUCGACGACUGUCCGCCUCGCGCUCAAUAUGUUGCUGAUGCAAUGUCACGAUCUGGCAGUUCGGACGGCUCUCAACAUGUCAAUGUGCAUUACGAAGCGCACAUCAGACAUGCCUCUGCGGCACCAGGUGUCACUAAUGGCGUCCACGAGCUUGGGGGAGAUGAUCGAUACGACUCUGGCGUGCAAACGAGGAAGGACCAAUCUAUAAGGAACCAUGAGCACUAUUCUCCAGCAUCACCAGGAUUUGCACCUUUUACUGUUACAGGAGAUUUAGCAUGGAGUCCGAAAGAGGCAGAAAUGCAACUUCACCACUUUCAAAAACGCUUCCUUGACGCUUGGGUUGGGGCAGGUGAGCAGUUUGAUGCAACUCGAGCUUCUCUGAAACGUCCGGAGGACCUGUCUGUAGGGUUCCUCCCUGGAGAGAUUGACAACCUCCCGAAAACAUCUCACGAACUGGACAUGUUCAGGCAAAGACACGUCUGCUCAAUGCGACAACAUGAAGAACCGGCAAAAGCCUACCGCGUUUCGCGUCAAAUGGGAAUGGCGGAGACAAAACCCGUGAUUACUUCUCAGCGAGCCGUCCUGCUCAGGACUCGUGUCAGGCGUGAUGAUGCGACUCAGCAUGCUGAACUGCAACGAAGUUUAGUUGACGUGGUAAGAGAUUCAACAAAAGACCUAGCCGGCGUGCCUGGAGUCAGACAGGCUAACGUUGAGAUCGUACCUAUCAUCACGCCUUCUCGAGCCCGAUCUGAAGAGUAUUGGAACACUUGCGCUGUUAGUCUUUCCGAGACCUUCAGUGGCCUAGGUUUAACAGAGAAUGUGCACGCUGGUGAACCAGGACCAUUUCGUCAGCUAGUGCCACUAGUUUCCAAUACGCCGAUCACGCCGAUGGCUGACACACCGGCUCGAUCGUCCAAUGGAACAAUGGCCGCAACAUCAAUGCCUUAUAAGACAAGCGAAUAUGUUGGGGUUGAAAUUCCAAAGAAGACUUUUGCCUGCAUGUUCUACAUCAAUGAUCCGCGACAAAAUCGAUCUUGUGCUGGGCGAGGCUGGCGGAAGAUCUCCCUUCUCAAAGAGCAUCUGAAGAGGCAACAUCUCAGACCCGUUGAUCAAUGUCUUCGUUGUCGUUCCAAGUUUCGAUCUGCUGACAAGAAGAAUGAGCAUACCUGUGAAGAGACUCGUUCUCCUACGAAAAAGCCGAUGCUCAGUGGCACGUUGAAUGACGAGGCAAUGAUACUGAGGAAGAAGCGAGACCACGUAAAACGAAGCGGACAAUCAGAAGAAGACGAAGAAGUGCGCCAAAGGUCUGAAGCGGUAUGGAUGAAACUGUACCGUGCACAGUUUGGCCCCAAUGCCCGGUUGCCUAAAUCACCUUACGUCGACGAUAUUGCGGAACCGGCAGCGGUGGAGCACUUCGCCAACACAUUCGCAGUGUAUCCCGAGGCACGUCGUUUGAUCCAAGAGAAGCUUACUGCCCACGUCGACACAAAUAUGGCUCUUCCGCAAGCCACACGAAUAAUCAUCGAGCAAGCUCUCGAGGUAGGCCACGAAGUCCACGAAGAUCAAUCUAUAAAUGUGAAUGGUCAAGACACGAACGCACCAAUAGCACUAUCGGGCUCGACUCUCUUCGAAUUUAACGAUCUGCCUGAGCAACAUCAGAGCAUCACCGAUGACUGGCUCACCGAAAGCAUAUCAGGAUGGGAUUCCAUCGAUUUACAGGGCCUACACUAUCCACCGGACUCCGAAUUUCAAGGGGAUGGUGGGUAG